CUAAGAUAUAUCUGCUUUUUUAACAUGGAACACCCUGGGCUGGAAGAUCUCAAAGAAUAUAUAAAACACAACAAAAAUUCACGGUUUUCCACUCGUGUUAAAGCACAAGGAAUUAAUACCUGGCCACCAAAAUCGAAACGAUUCAACACUGUUAUUUGGAGCGAAAUUUACUCAAGCUUUAUGCGCAGGAAAAAAGCAAUCAACGUAUAUCAUGAAGAAGCCAUAGACACACUGACUACGGCUGCUACUCCUGCUGCUGCCUAUGUUCGCCAAUUGAUUACUCCGACGAAUAAUAAUGUCUCGAACAGCCCCAUUCCUCCUGAUGGCGAUGAAAAUGAAUCUACACAAGGCGACAACGAUAUUUAUUGUGACGCUAACGAGGACAACGAUACGGCAACACCCAUAUUGGUCCGCCCAGUUUGCAGUCCGCAUUCGAUGUCAAUUUCUGAUGAAGCAUCAUUCCCUAAUGAAUUAUUGACAUCAACACCACUGUCUUUAACAUUACAUGUACCGGGUCCACAUCGAUUUUACGUUGAUCAUAUUGAUAUCUCUGAGAGAUUCUAUAACAUGCAACAAUAUGUCUUUAACUUUGUGGAAGCCAAUAACUUAACCUUGGAAUCUGAUGUUCAUUUCAUUCUAUCGUUAUCUUCAAUUCUCUUAUUACAAAAUAACAAUCGACUCCACAAAGACAUGAUCCCGUUUUUUGGCGAUAAAAUAUACCAAAAAGUUCGCGAAAGCAUCCUUGACUCCCUAAAUAUGACGUACAAAUUUCCCGGAGAAACUUUGCUUGGAAUCAUUGAAACUGCACAAAGCGUAUACAAUAAAACCAAUAAUCGAAUCAAUGCAGCAGCUUCAUUACUCAGCCUAGCAGAUACCGUGGAUAAUCCUAUAGAUAAAAAACUCAUUGUAUCCGCAUCUCAGCUUCUCCAAUUUCUGCCUAUGGAUCCAACAUAUUCAGACAUAUGUGAAACAAAGCUCAUUACAAGAUAUAUUUUACAUGCGAUGCAACCUUUAUUUGACGAUCAUGAGCGAGAUAUACGACUGGAAUUUACUUUUACUGAAACCGCUGACAACCAUAAUCGAGAAGUUAGUUUUACUGGUUGUCCAGAUUGUAUUAUUAGUGUUUUCCCACACCAAACGGAUAAUGCUGUGAACGUGGGCUAUGGAGAGGGAAAGAGACAGUCAAUGGCAGGAGACCACUAUUUGGUCAAUUUGGAUCUUGUGCGGCUUGCAACGCUUGGGAAAAACACAAUUAAUGAAAAUGAGUUGUCAGGAAGUUUGAGUAUACAUGUAGUUGGCCCAUAUAUCACGUUUUAUUUAAUUCAACUAAUAGCUGAUGGAUUGUACUGCAUGACUGAAUUGACUCAUGUGCAAUGUCCUAUGUCUGUUUCGGAAAUCCCUGCCUAUAUUACAAACUUCAGCAACUUGAAAAACGUUUUGCAUGUUUUCCAAUCUUUUUGCAAAUAUGAAGAUACUAAUGCUGAUCUCUCUUCUUGGCGUCGUGAUUCUCUGCUUGCAACUGACGUUAUGCUCAUAUUGGAAAAAAAGAAAAAUAGGAAGCGCAAAAAUACAACUGGGUAUUAUGCUUGUAAAUGA